AGUACAUCAAGACCUGGCGGCCCCGGUACUUCCUCCUGAAGAACGACGGCACCUUCAUCGGCUACAAGGAGCGGCCGCAGGACGUGGAGCAGCGCGAGUCGCCCCUGAACAACUUCUCCGUGGCGCACACAGGCCUCCCUCCGCGUAAGGCUGGGCCCCAGCCCCCUCCUGGCCCCGCGGCCUGGCAGACCAUUCCUCGCUCCCUUGCGCUUGGCUGAGCCCGGCCGGGGCCCCUCGCGGUUGCCAGGGCCUAGAUGCUGGAAUGUCGGAGACCCCUGCGCUGGCCCCGCGGCCCCUCCCGCCUCAUACAGGCUGGGCUGGAAUCCAGCCCCUCUCCGGGCCUGGGGCACCUCCACGGUUCCUCGGCUGCAGGUGUGCGUGUUCCAGAAUGCCAGCUGAUGAAGACGGAGCGGCCGCGGCCCAACACCUUCAUCAUCCGCUGUCUGCAGUGGACCACGGUCAUCGAGCGCACGUUCCACGUAGAGACCCCCGAGGAGCGGGAGGAGUGGACAACCGCCAUCCAGACGGUGGCCGACGGGCUCAAGAGGCAGGAGGAGGAGAUGAUGGACUUCCGGUCGGGCUCGCCUGGCGAGAACUCAGGGGCCGAGGAGAUGGAGGUGGCGCUGGCCAAGCCCAAGCACCGCGUGACCAUGAAUGAGUUUGAGUACCUGAAGCUGCUGGGCAAAGGCACCUUCGGGAAGGUGAUCCUGGUGAAGGAGAAGGCCACGGGCCGCUACUAUGCCAUGAAGAUCCUGAAGAAGGAGGUCAUUGUGGCCAAGGACGAGGUGGCCCACACGCUCACGGAGAACCGCGUCCUCCAGAACUCCCGGCACCCCUUCCUGACGGCCCUGAAGUACUCCUUCCAGACCCACGACCGCCUGUGCUUCGUCAUGGAGUACGCCAACGGAGGCGAGCUCUUCUUCCACCUGUCCCGGGAGCGGGUGUUCCCCGAGGACCGGGCCCGGUUCUACGGCGCCGAGAUCGUGUCUGCCCUGGACUACCUGCACUCGGAGAAGAACGUGGUGUACCGGGACCUCAAGCUGGAGAACCUCAUGCUGGACAAGGACGGGCACAUCAAGAUCACGGACUUCGGGCUGUGCAAGGAGGGCAUCAAGGAUGGCGCCACCAUGAAGACCUUCUGCGGGACGCCCGAGUACCUGGCCCCCGAGGUGCUGGAGGACAACGACUACGGCCGGGCGGUGGACUGGUGGGGGCUGGGCGUGGUCAUGUACGAGAUGAUGUGCGGCCGCCUGCCCUUCUACAACCAGGACCACGAGAAGCUUUUCGAGCUCAUCCUCAUGGAGGAGAUCCGCUUCCCACGCACGCUCAGCCCUGAGGCCAAGUCCCUGCUCUCAGGGCUGCUCAAGAAGGACCCCAAGCAGCGGCUCGGUGGGGGCUCCGAGGACGCCAAGGAGAUCAUGCAGCACCGCUUCUUCGCCAGCAUCGUGUGGCAGGAUGUGUAUGAGAAGAAGCUCAGCCCGCCCUUCAAGCCUCAGGUCGCGUCCGAGACGGACACCAGGUAUUUUGAUGAAGAGUUCACAGCCCAGAUCAUCACCAUCACGCCGCCCGACCGAGACGACAGCAUGGAGGGCGUGGACAGCGAGCGGAGGCCUCACUUCCCCCAGUUCUCCUACUCGGCCAGCGGCACGGCCUGAGGGGCCAGCCGGCGUGCUUGGGACGCAGCCGUGGGCAGCCACGUGCUCCGGACGAGGGCUUGGAAGACUCGGGAGGAAGCCUCGCACGGAUGAUCUGUAUUUAGUGUUUCUUAUUUCCGGAUGCGUUUGGGCGGAACCAUUGCUGUCCUCCAACACGGAUGGGAAGAUGCCUCGUGCUGUGGGCAGGGCUGCCCGCCUUGGGGGCGGUGUCCUCUCGGCCAGCCAGGUCGGGAGGAAGACAUCCUGCGGUUUUUCUUAAUUUAUUCAUCCAGUUCUCCAGACGUGGCCGCGGCCUUCGGAACAAUUAGAUUCACGUAGGAAAACGUUGAGGACUUACUUCUGCAGCCAAGUGCAAUCGGGCCUGGGUGGGCCCUGCCCGCGGCCCCUCCGUCCCUCUCGCCGGCUGUCCCUGGCUGCCCCUGCCUCGGCCCAGCCCGGCCCGGGGGCCCCAGAAGCCACCUUGCCGUGGUGCGCUGGCCUGGCCCCCUCUCGCUCUGGGUGGGGCACGCAGCAGCCCCAGCACUGAGGCUGGAGGAGGGCGGCCCCUGCAGUGGGGUUGGGCCGGGGUUCGCCGGCAAGAUAGAAGAGCCAGGUGACAUCUGUUGCCGAGUAUUAUGCUGUUCACGUGCAUACUGGGGUUUCUAAUCUCAGGAGAGGGCCCUCACUCCGCCCCCUUCCCCAUUGGGACCGUCUCACCCGAUGGCUUCCCCUGGUAGCACCUGUCCUUAUAGAAGCUUCACUCUCCUGCUGUUGCCCUGCCCCCACCUGACACCCUUCGGAGGGGCCGUCGCUGCGCCCUCCGUGUCUCCCGGCUGGACGCUGCGCUGCACCGUGGCGUUUUUUUAUACUCAACUUUAGUAUUUUUACUAUUAUGAGACUUUCCCUCCAAAUUCUUCAAUAAAAAUUGCUUUUCAACUC